GUUAGAUAAAGACGGAGUCCCUAUUCUGCACUCAAGCAAACCAGUAGUUUCUAACAAGCUAUGGAACUACUUAGCAAGAUAAACUUUUUGUCUGUCUUUUGUUGCCUUUGUUUAAACUUAGGCGUUGCUAGAGACACCAUUAUAUCUCCACAAUCCAUCAGAGACCCAGACUACAUAAUCUCCAAUGGGAGUGCUUUCAAACUGGGAUUCUUUAGCCCAGUAAAUUCUACUAAUCGCUACCUUGGAAUAUGGUAUAAUAGAAUAUCUGUAUUCACUGUCGUAUGGGUAGCAAACAGAGAGAAACCCCUCAAGGAUUCUUCUGGGGUACUUACUAUAUCAGAGGACGGCAAUCUUGUAGUAUUAGAUGGACAAAAGGAGAUUCUUUGGUCAUCAAAUGUUACAAACUGUGUUGCCAAUUCAAAUUUCCACCUUUCGGAUUCAGGGAACCUCGUCUUGCGAGAAAACACUAGAGGGAAAAUCAUAUGGGAGAGUUUCCAACAUCCCUCUAAUACAUUCUUGCCAAAGAUGAAACUUAGUAUCAAUUUAAGGACAAAUCAAACAGUACCGUAUACAUCAUGGAAAAGCCCUUCUGAUCCAUCCAUUGGAAGUUUCUCUGUAGGCAUGGCUCCAGGGAGCAUUCCUGAAGCUUUCAUAUGGAAAGAUGGUCGUCCAUACUGGCGGAGUGGUCCAUGGAAUGGUCAGAUCUUUAUUGGUGAACCUGACUGGAAUGCAGAAUAUCAUAAUGGAUUUAAUCUAGUAGAUGACAAAGAAGGUACGGUUUAUGCAACUUUUGAUUAUGCAAAUGUGUUGCCUCUAUCAAAAUUUGUGUUGAAUUCACAAGGAAAUCUAGUGCAGACAUAUUGGGAUGAUAGCAAGGAGGAUUGGAAGGUUGUGGGGUUAGCACCAAAAGAUGAGUGUGAUGUUUAUGGCACUUGUGGUGCAUUUGGAAGCUGUGAUUCGCAGAGGAAACCAAUCUGUAGCUGUAUUAGAGGGUUUGAGCCAAAGAUUAUUGAGGAAUGGAACAGAGGAAAUUGGACAAGUGGGUGUAUUAGGAGGGCAGCAUUGCAGUGUCAAAGGGUGAAUAAUAGUGGUGAAGAAGGAAAAGCAGAUGGGUUCUUGAAACUGAAGAUGUUCAAAGUGCCAGACUUUAUGGAGAGGUCAUAUGGGGCUAAAGAGAGUUGUCGAAAGCAGUGCUUGGAGAACUGUGCUUGUGUAGCUUAUGCACAUGAUGCUGGAAUUGGUUGUAUGUCAUGGAGUGGAAACUUAAUUGACCUAAGGAAAUUCUCCAUUCGUGGAUCAGAUAUAUAUAUUCGUCUGGCCUAUUCCGAAUUCAACAAAGAGAGAUAUUUGAAAGUAAUCAUCAGAAUUACACUGAUUAUUGGAGUGAUUGCCAUUUCCAGCACGGCAUGCUACUUAUGGAGGUGGACUGCUAAAAAACCAGCAAGAAAAAUUAAAAGCAGGAAGAGCUUGCUGCUUGACUACUUGAACGAUGUUAAACUCAAUGAGCUGACAGUUUUCAGUUUGAAAGAAGUGGCAACUGCAACAAACAACUUUCACGUAUCUAAUAUGCUUGGGAGAGGUGGCUUUGGUUCAGUCUAUAAGGGAAAAUUGCAUGAUGGACAGGAAAUAGCAGUGAAAAGACUGUCAACAUCCUCUCGACAAGGGCUUGAAGAAUUUCUGAAUGAGGUGGUGGUGAUUUCUAAACUCCAACAUCGAAAUCUUGUUAGACUUAUUGGCUAUUGCACUGAGGGAGAAGAAAAGGUGUUGAUCUAUGAGUACAUGCCAAACAAAAGUUUGGACGUAAUUGUUUUUGAUCCACUCAACCAAAGACUCCUUGAUUGGAAAAAGCGCUUCAACAUUAUUGAAGGAAUUGGUCGAGGUCUGCUAUACCUUCAUAGGGAUUCUAGAAUGAAGAUUAUUCAUAGAGAUCUAAAGGCAAGUAAUAUCUUGUUAGAUGAAGACUUGAAUCCAAAAAUAGCGGAUUUUGGAAUUGCUAGAAUUUUCGAUGGCAUUGAAAAUCAAGCUAAUACUAAAAGGGUUAUUGGGACAUACGGAUAUAUGUCUCCUGAAUAUGCAAUGCAAGGACUUUUUUCAGUGAAAUCAGAUGUUUUUAGUUUUGGUGUGUUGAUACUAGAGAUUGUUAGUGGGAGAAAAAACACUAGCUUUUACAAUGAUGAACAGUACUACUUGAGCCUUGUAGGAUUUGCAUGGAAAUUGUGGAAUGAUGGCAAUAGUAUGGCUUUGAUCGAACCAGCAAUAUGGGAUCCUUGCUUUCGAAUGGAGAUGUUGAGAUGCAUACAUGUGGGAUUGCUAUGUGUACAAGAAACGGCAAGAGAUAGGCCUACUAUCUCUACUGUUAUUUCGAUGCUUAAUAGUGAUAUCAUGGAUCUUCCCUUUCCUAAGCAACCUGCAUUCACCGAAAGGCAAAUUGCUUCAAAUUGUGAGCCUGCUCAACAAGGCCAAAUAAGAAUCUCCACUUGCAAUGUCACUCUUACGACGAUUUAUGGCAGAUAAGAAAUAGUACUACCAAGUUCCGACAGGCCAGAAGACCAACAAUAGGACACAUUCAUGCAAUCAAAACAGCUUUUAAGUCCCAAGCUCGCAAGAGAAAGUUCAAGAGUUUGGACAAAAUAAUGGAAAGAAGACAGAGUACAUUUAAGUCAUACGGUCAUGCAUAUAUAAAACCUGUCCAUCAACAAGAAAUAUUAGGACAGAUCACAGAUGCUUAGCCCUGUAAAUUCUGCCAAGCUGCAGUAGAUUGUCUCUCAUUCAUUGAGGGCAUUCUGGCAACAGCUGCCUUCCUAGAGGCUAGUGGAGUCCCAUUUAUACCAAUUGUUGUGGUAUAGCUUGAAUCAUUUUCCUCUUAUAUCUCCAAAUACUUUGUGCAUGAGGGGUGUCAAUUAAGGUACAGGAUUCUUAGCUUGUGAUACAUAGUUAUUAUGCUUAUUCUUAGUUAUUAUGCAUAUAAUGAUAAUUACUGAGUGGUAUUAUUAAUGCAUAUGUAUUAUAAUAGCACUAAAUAUUUUAUGG